AUGGCCUCUUGGAUAGCCAAGCCGUGGAUCGAGCAAGCUUUGAGGAGCCCAGACUCUAAGAGUUUACCCAAAAUUGCCAGGGCGCAAGUCAUCAAGGUACUUAAUACAAUAAUUUCCCUAACAUUUUUUGAUUUAAGUAUCUGUGCUGAUUAUAUGGGUUGAAACUGCAAAUGUAAAUAUGGCGCCAAACCGCGUUAUUCAAAAAUUUGACCAAGGUAAUUGUACAAAGAUUUUCUGAUGCCUUUAGAAAUAGUCUAGACGAAUAUUAUUAGAUGUGUUAUUCUUGGUAGAAAUUUUUAGCUCAUCACAGCGUUUUGUUUCCAUACGAGAAUUUUGCAAUGUUGAUGGUAGUCGAUCGAUAAUUUCUCCUUACACGUUAAAGAUAUAUGACUUAAUAUAGAGGUAAGGAGAAUAGCGAACAAAUAUUAAUUAGUAAAUGUAAAAUAUUGCGACACUUAAUUAUCAGAACUAAGAUGAUAGGAAAUGUAAAGCAGACUUACUGAGCUAUUGGUUGCAAAAUGGUCAAUAUUUCAUGUGUACCUGUGUUCUUUGUUUCUUUUUAAGGUUGUUGCUGUUUUCAAUAAUCUCUUUGAAAGAAAAAGAAAAUUAUCAGAACUUACCUUCUUAAAAUGUUCUAUGAAUGAACGGUUGCAAGGGCUUCAGAAAUAUAAGAUUGGCAGGGGAGUUUUGGGAAGGGAGUGGGGGGAGAGGAGCAGAACAAGCCUACAACCUCUCAUUUUCCUAACUAAAAGAAGUAUUAGUUAUGGUUGAAAAUAAAAUUGACAUGUCUCAACUGCUACUUAAAGAGGUGCUCCUGUUGGAACUGUCUUAUGGAAAACUCAGCAUAUUACCUUGAGGACAAAUAAUUAAACUAACUGUGUGUGAUUUAUGAUUUUUAGCUUGAAGAAACCUCCAAAAAUGUGGCAUUAAUGAUUAGUGACAAGAAACUUUUUGUAAAAGCUUUGUUCUCAACACCAGCUAUUGAGCAAUUUAAAAGGUGAGCGCAAGAGGUUUAAAGUGAUGUUUGUUUCAAAAUGUAGAUCUUAUACAAAUGGGGAAGGGAUGAAUACUUCCAUGAAAUAGGUGCCCUUCUCAGUUCAAACAUUUUCUCAAGGGACAGAUUUCAUCCUGCAAGGGAUAGAGAAAGAGAUGUGAGAACUAUAUUAAGGAGAACAAGUAAACAUAGUCGAUGAUCUCGUGGCAAGGGCGUUCUGUUAGAAGGAAACCCCUGAUUAAAUGUUUUUGCAGUUUUAUUUUAUUAUCUUCUCCAUUUUUCUUAUCAUGCCUACCUCUUGUACACAUCUGUUCCAAAAACUAUGAUGCGAUAUCUUCUGUAGAUAUUUACUUAUGUCUACUUAUUAAUGUUAUUAAUGCCUGAAUUGAUGAUAUGCAUACGGUUUUUGAAUUAGAGUCAUUUUUUGUUAUCUAUUGCUACAUGUAUAUGAUACUUUUCCCAAAUUUAGUUUAAGACGCUGGUUACAUUGAUAGAGAUUAAAAGGAAAGUGCAUUUAAAGAUCAGGUUUUUAGUUGCCCUACUUUUCUUAAACUUAAGCUUCCAUUCUUGGUUCUUAGCUCAAAACGUAUCCUAUUUACAUUUUGUUUUUUCUGAUAUAGAGACAACUCUAGUCUUUCUCUACCUGACAUCCAAGGUGGACUUAUAUUUAUCAAGAAAUACUCUGUGCAAGUUAUGGCAGAAAAAGACUGGGUAAGAUGGGGCUUUUCAAAAUCUUUGUAGAGUGUUUUAGUCAUAACAAAUCAAUUUUUCAUGUAGUAUAAUCUUUUAACAUUUGAAAGUGUUCAAUGCACAGGGAAGCUAGGAAUACUGUUACCCUCCAUUGCUAUCAGUUCAUCAUGCCUUAUGGAAAUGAGGUGCUAAUUAAGUGUAACAUUGACGUGUAGAAUUCAGAAAUGUUCUAAAUUUUUAGUAUAUUUGUGUAUAUAAUGUUUUGGCUACUAGUAGGUAAAUUUUGAUCAGAUCAAUAUAAUCAUAAUUACAAUUUUUCCUUAUAAACCUGGCCCAAGUUGUUAAAAGGGUACAUGGAAAACUAUAUUCACUGGAAAAAUCUUUAUCUGGUGGAUAGCAUAGUAGAUUUUGCUGACACUUAAUUGCUGGGUAGCAAUUUAUCCACUGGAUAGCAUUAUCCACCCUUUGAAAGAUCGGGCCCUUUAUCUCACCUAUGUUUUGCAAAAUGUAUGUCACUAUUUGUUUUAUGUGCUCCUGACCAAAUGAGUGUCUUAAUCUUUGAGUUUACAUGCAUAACCCUAAUCGUUUUUCAAAGUGGCCUUAUGGGGCAGUCAAGGGAAUAUUCCCUUGGGGCAGUUUAAUCAGGCUUAUCAUGUUCCACUUCACAGUGUCAUGGGAUGACCAUUAUGAUAUAAAGCUCCUGAGCAAAUCCAAAUAAUACAACUGUUACAUUCAUUGUAAUUUUUUUACAGUCACAUAACAACAAGAUAACCUCCAAAGCGCAGUAUUUUGCCAGCUUUAUCUCAAAUUUCUGCUUUUGAUUCUCCUUGAGGUAGUCAUUGUGUUUCACUCCAUGUCUCCCUAUUUUUUGUGGGAAAAGUUAGAUGGCAUGGGCUGAUUCCUUCUUAACCAAUUACUUAGUAGUUACUAAUUAUUUUAAUGAUUGUGGGCUGGCAUCUGAUCCAACUGAAACUGUAUACCAGUAAAAGUAAUGCUUCAGUGGUGUGUUGUUUAAGAGCUGUUGCAAGAUAUAAGUAGUCAAGCCAAUUCAGUGGCUCUUCCAGGUAACCCUUUCAGAGACUAGAGUUGACCGUCGUAAAAAGGUUGAUGAUUGCCCUCCUCUAUACAAAACUUUCUCAAUUGUUUUUGCUCAUUUUUUUCUGUUUUCAAGUCUGUAGGAAGGUAUACAAGCCUGGGUAAUUCUAUAAGCUAACCACUUGCCAGUGUAGACUGGCAGUGAUUUUGGAAUGGAUAGAAAUCGACGGAAGCACGAGUAAAGUGGCAUUUAGUUUAUUGAUUUGAAGGUUUUCACUUGGGCUUUCCAUUCAGGGUGAUGCUGAAUUUUUGAUCAAAAUUUACCACUUUAAGUUUGCUGGAGGAGAAGGUAACACGCAGUUUGGGGGAGAUAUUACAGAUGCUUCAACAUAUCCUCCGUUACAGCAGCGACUGAGGGAGCUGUGGUGGAUUGCACAGCUUAGAAGUCUCCUAGACAAUGCACAGUCUUGUCAAGAAUCACAUGAAGAUGGCUCUAACCUCAACUUCAAUGAAAUCAACAAAACUCUGCUUAGGAGUCAUGAAAAGGUCUUUGUACCAGAUGAAAUGGAAAAGAAACUAGCAGAGAUUCCAGGUAAAUGAUUAAAUGCAUUGUUACUGCUUAUGGAUUAUUGUACAAUGUAGCAUGUGAAUAAGUUUUGUUAUAGAAGAUGUUGUUUUUGUCUAUCGUUGUUAUACAGAUAAAUGAAAGUUUGAUAGUUUGUCUCACGAUAAGUAACAGGCUAUCCGUUGUUAGUAAAAAAUGGAUAAUUGGAUAAUGCAAUUCAAGAGUUUUCAUCGACUUAUCCAUCACUGGUUAUGAGCCGGUUUACUGGAGAAUAUUAACCAAAGUAGUAUGUAAUUAGAGCGCCCUAAAAUAGUUUCCAUGAAGAUUAAAAGAAACGAAUUUGUAGAAAUAUAUUUACAGUCAAAGAUUAAAAGAGUAUGUAAGAAUUUGAUUGUUUUAUUUAUUUAGAAUGGAAGGCAAGUUACUACCCACCUCAAUCCUACGAUACAGAUAGCGAACCCUCGUCCCUUGGAAGAGAAUCAUCAUUCACGAGACCGUCAAUCUCCCUCGUAGCUGUAGAGGACAAUAUCACCAAACUCGAAACUAGAGACAUUUUCGCCUCUCAGUCAAAACAGGAAGGGCGAAAAAGAGUUAAAUUGGUUGGAAAUGAGACUUCGGGUGAAAUGAGUGGAUGUGUUCCUAUUUCGAUGAUCCGUGAAAAUAAGAUUUCAAAUAAUAGUGAUAAAGUGGGAAUUAACGAGCAGGUAAAGUCUGUAGUAGAACAAUCAAGUAUUGUAGAAAACGGAGAGAAAGCUAAAACAAGCGAGAAAACAAGAUGUUGCCUACAGGAAGAAGAUGGCGUACCGUUGGUGAGUAGUAGCUCAAGUUAUAUACCGUCUUCUCAAACACAUGCACAUGUCGUCACCAUUCAACCUUUGGAGGGGCUGAUACCUGAAGAGUUGUUUUUGUCUUGGAGUGAAGGUUCACAGCCGAGAGAAAGCAGCGAAGAAUCGUACUCCAUUUUGCAUGGGGGAUCUGCUGCCGGCGGGGAGGACGAGGAUAUAUCUUUUGUGCCCUCAAGCCAAAAUAGCCAUGAGCUCGACCCAGCACCACAACUUCCCCAUGUAACACCUGUGCGAUGUCAACGUGACUGCUCGUUAUCGGAGUCGCAGUUGGAAAAAUUGUUUGAAAAUAGUGUUUCCUUUGAUGAAGUCACCACGCCGCCCGGCUUAUCGGGUGUUCUUUCUCCAACUCCAGAGUGUUACACUAAGAUUAAACCUCAGGAAGUGUCUCAAGAAGACUCUGAGACUACGCUGUAUAAAAUUUUGUCUGGCAGACGAAAAUGUAGUUCUCAGUCUUUUAGCUCGAGGAGGACUGAUGUUAACACGGCAUGUUAUUUUUCAUGUCAAGAAGCAGAAAAAGAAUCAACUCUAAUUUUGGGAAGCAAACCGAAUAUUCUAGGUAACACAAACUCUAAGGAAUCUACCAUUUCGUCUUCGCGGGGAAACUCCGUCAGCAAGUCAUCAACUGGCAAACAGCCCAACCGGGUAAACUCUAAUGUUGAAUUUGAUAUCUUGUUCUCCCAAAACACUUGGAGUGUAUCUCAACCAUUUACACAAGAAUUAAGUGCUGAUUUAGUUGAAAUUGACAGACGUCAGUCUAUCAAAAGGAGACAUUCUGAGACUGAGGAUCAUUCGCACAAGACACACCUAUCAGACAAGCAAGAAAAAGAAGUAUUUUAUGGGGACGGUGCAGUUAGUCCAGGUAAGUGAGUAAAAAAAGUAUUAAGAAGACAGAUAGACGGAGAGACAGACAGACGAGUGAAAGGGACAAUCAAACAGGAGCGUGGCUAAAUUUCUUGGCGCCGAGAUGGUAGUUGCAAAUUUUCAGCCGAAUCAAAGGCUGCGCUAUUUUGGGAUCUCUGAUCUUUCACAACCCAAACUAGAAUACGAUAGCGUUACAUGCUUUUUAUAUAAUCUUCUUUUGCAGAUAGAACAUCAUUCUCACCCAACAGUAGUCAGGCUGGUUACUCUCAAAGUCAGCGAUGCAACAACUCUGUAAGUCACAGGGCAACGCGUUACGUUGGUAGAAGAAUGAAGAUGUUAAGAUAGACUUUAUUUAGCAAGUGUAACUUUAGAAAGUAAUUUAACUGAUGAUUUCGUGGCCCUUGUGGUAGCAAAGUCUUAUAACUUCCUUCAGCCGCUUUCAAAGGAAGUUUCCUAUUUACUAACUGUUCUUUUUUUUUUGUUUGUCUUUGGUGAUUCGAUAGCUCACUAUUUCCCUGGCCAAGCCUACUUUCCUAUACUCACAACAGGAUCCUUUGGUUCUGGACACGUCAGGAUCAACAGGUACGCUGACAAUAAGUGCGAAUCUUGUGCUUUGAUUUCAAUUUGAUAUUUUCGUGAUGGUUUUUUUUUUAGAAUAAUUCCGGCAUUGUAAUUCAUCUUGGUCAAAUGGUCUAAUGGGCCAUACUGGACAAUAAUGCGCAACUGUUGUUUGUGCUUAAGUUGUUUGCUCACAAUGACUCAGUGGUUAUUUGAUGCAUAAACAAGCCUCGAUAAUUGGCGUUUAUUUGUUCUUUGGAUUUCGCGAUCGGCAAGUGAAGCAGUAGACUUUAAAAUCAUUCAGCCAAAAAUACCCAGGCACAGCUGCUAUAUCGAAAGAAGGACAACGACGAGGGAGAAAUUUAAAGGCUCCAUGUCUUCGCCUCUCUCCUUCAUUUGAACCGAGGGGCGUAUGUUAACCAGGUGGAGGUACUCUAUAGAAUUCUAGGUAAAAAAUAUGAAACCGUUUGCUUGAUCUACUGUUUACACAGAGGGAAACAAGUCGUCUGAGGAAGAAGAACCUUUCACGUUAAGAACUCCGACGUUUGGCUCUCUUCCAUCUUUUCAAGUAAGUUUUUGCUGUUUUAUUCAUUUAUUUAUUUAUUCCUUGACCAGCACGAACUCAGAGUCAAUUUAUCGAACUACCCUAAACUUUACUAAAGGUUGAUUUUAGGUUAAAAAAUAUGAGUUACAAGCGUUGAUUAAUAAAAAAAUUAAAACCUGUAAUUAUAAAUAAAUUGUAACUUAGACAUGUAUAUUUGUUGUCAUUAAACGAUAACUACCGCGUUAGCUCCAAUAACAUGUUUACUUCCUCUAAAAGACUUGCUAACAAGCCGAUUCUUAUACAAGUUUCAAGUAUGUGCUAACAUAGGUAUUUUGAUUUUGAGCUUUUUUAAUUUUAUUGAUUUGUUGAUUAAUUUUUUAAAAUAGAUUCCUGUUGAAAAAGGCGAAUCACUCAAUCGAGAAGGCGAGGUAUUAAUUUCAAAAUGGAGAACUAUGUUCAAACAUUUGAUAGUGUAAUUUAGUGUUAUCAACUGAGUCGAUAACGUUAAUUGGCCUCCGUAAAGAACGCAGCACUACAGUUUCUUCAGAAACUUACCCGCUUCAUACGUUUGAUAACCUGUUCGUGGUGGCUGAAGGUGGAAUGUUUCUUCACCGGAUGUAUGCAAGCGAUUUUACUUUAAUGUGUCAAAUUUAUUAUUUACCAACUGAUUGCCAAGAAUCAAGUUGUUUGUUGGUCAUUUGUCGAUUGAAAUGUUAUAUUGAAAUAUUUAAAUUAAGCUGAUUUAAAUGUUAUCCUUACCAUUAACUUCAAUAGUCCACAAAGCAAAAAGAUGCUGAUUUCGUCGAGAGUAUGUUGAAAAGCUUUGGUACAAAGAGGAAGAAACAUCGUAGGAACUUUAAUUGGUUCUCAGAUGCGUAUUAAGGAAGGUAUGUCACCAUAUUUUUGUGACAAGUCAUUUUUAUCGUAUUGGAGAAUCAGAGUGAAACCUUGAUUUAAACAUCUGUAAGGUUAACGAACGCCAAAUUGGUACUGACUCUAACUAUUAUAAGGACAGUGUUUCGAAUCUCACCAAAAAUUCUUUAAAAAAAAAAGGCUACGUUUGAGUCCAAAAUGUUCUGAGGAUCAGAUUUCUUUCAAUUUUUUUUUCAGCAAUAGGAUAAUAGCCAACUAAAUUCAGCAACGAAGUGAUUUAAAGGGUUACAUUGCUUUUUUGUUUUUUGUUUUUUUAAUUUUUUUUCCCUUCAAUUAUUUCAGUUUAGAUACAAGUGUAUGGACCCAACGAGGUGUUCCACCUGAACGGAUUGUUGGGUGGUCCUUCGCCUGGAUAGAGGUGAAUUCCAUGAUCGCCAUGCGAAAAUAAGAAUGCCACAGUGAUUUGCUUAUUAUCAGAGAUUACAAUCGACUUCAUCAUCGCUCAACUUGGAUCCGCGAUCGAAGAUUUUGCUUUGGAUUUUCUGCACCUUGUGACAGAAAAAGUUAUUCUAAUACUGUCUCUACAUUUUGACCCCCUGCACCAAAACGAAAAAAAACAUAUUCUCUAAUAACACUUUACAUAAAGGUGUCAUCUCAUCAAUCAUCAUUGACCGGUCAAAUUAUAUAUUAUUUCAUUUUUUAAUUGUGGGUUUAUCCUUUAUCACCUCUCCAAACCGAUAAAUAAACUCAGUUCUGGUUAUUAAUUCAGCUUGCAAGCUGUAACUUUACAACUCUGAAGUAAAAAUUAGUAUUGAAGGGAAUCAAUGAUGUUGCUAUUAAAAGAAACAAUUAUUCGACUUAUCCUCGAUGGGAAAAGGUUGACAAGUUUCCAAUUCGUCGCUGCAUUGGUCUUUUUCCACUUAUUUAUUAUCUAUCUGUGAUCUCAUAUCCAGCGGGAUAUAUUAACGUAGAAUUAUUACUUUGCAUCCCGAAUCGGUGACAUGCUUGUCUUAAGAAACUUCUAUACUCAACUAACUUUUCGUUCCCAUAUUAUUCCAUCACAAGGCCAGGCGUAGGGUUCCUUAACACGUUAACAUGGUCAAACAUGUACACUUGUCCAGAUCUAUCAAAAUGAAAAAAAAUCAUAUUUAGUUCCUAAAUUUUGACAGGAAGAAAAGAUUAGAGGUUUAUCAAAACCAUCUACCGAAAACAACAGCAUAACAAAGUUAAUCUCCGUAAAUAUUCUGUCAGUUCAUCGGUACUGAUAACGAAAGUUGAAAAAAUCAGUCAUUUAUUUUAUCAAACUUUUUGAUUUAUUUUUCGGUCAUACAAGUGCAUUUAAAAAGAUUGGCAACUCUUAGCCGUCUCGCCUACAUUCACCAAAAUUUUAGGCUUCUUCUGCUUGUUUCCAUAAUGCAUUGUGGUUUUCCUUAUCUCCGUUUGUCAACUUUUGCACCGUACGAGGCAAUGUGACUCAUUUAUUUAAGAUGCGAAUUUUAAUUUGAUAUUGACCAGUUGUUAAAUUCAGUAGGAGUCGUCGCAUUAUUUUUUUUAUUUUUUUUUUCGCUAGCGUCUUCUAUCCACUUGACUCGAGUAGAAUUUCCCCUCUACUUCAACCUUCAAAUCUGUUCACUGUGACCGCAACAUCGUUUUAAAACAUGAAUUCUAUUUUGUUACUAUGUUAACGGUUCGCUUCAAACAAUUUAGGUAAAAAUCUUUUUUGUGUAAAGCACUUCUGAUCCCGAAAAGUCUGAUAUAAUUCCAUUUCUUCGACUGAAGGCGCGUUCCAGGUCGCAUGAAUUAUACAGAGACAUGAUACUCGUGAUUUAGAAAAAAAUCCUACGAGAAGAUGUGUCCAUCGGUAAGAAAACAAAGAAGAAAGAAAAAUUAAAUCAUUCACGAAUUCGAACAGAACAUUUGAAUAGCAACGUUUGGACCUUUUGUUCAAACUAGAAUCUAAAAUAACCAUUGGUUGAUUUGCAUAUCUGAUUUGCAUUAGAUUCAAAACAAAGCUCCUUUGAUGUGUGUUUUUAUCUUUUGACCCUUUUUCUCUGGUUUCAGAGACCACCUUGAUGAUUUCAAGUGCAUUUUUGCCUCUCGUUCUCCACGUUGCUCUCCUGAAAUGUAAUCGAUACCCACUUAUUUAGAACUUUGGAAGAGGUAAUCCUGCUAGAAGCGCUCUCCUUUCAGAGUUUUUGUUUAAAUUUGCGUGGAGUCAUUACACCUGUCUCAGGCACUCAGACGCAAACUUGAAUAUUAUCAGCGGGAGAGACAAGCGCCCCAGCACGCAUGCGUCAGGGUUGUACACAACAUUAAAGAUCGCUUCUCGCUCAGAGCGAAUGUUAUUUUGGUCUUGCGGGCAAUCAUCAUGGAGGCCGGUAAGGAUGCUUGUAUGCUGCAAUUUAAUAGCGAUGCGAAGCUAACGUCAGAAGAAUUCGUGAAAGUCUUCAAGGAAUUUGACAAAGACGGUAAGAAUUAACCAAAGUAGAAUUAAAAAUUGCCUAUCUCGAGCGUGUUGAAUGAACGAUUAGUUGAGUCACAUGAAAAAAUUCUCUGGCAUCCCUCUUUUGUUUUCAGGGAAUGGUUACAUAGAAGCAGACGAGCUGAAUACGUUUUUGGUUACUCUCCUGCAGGAGACAGGCAACGAGGUAAUAAAAGCGCUUUAUACGGUGACAUAUAUUUGUUUAUUACAUUGAAUUUUAGAAUAUUUAGGUACGAACUGUGAACCUGAGGCUUUUUCACCGCACUCUGCGAAUUGUUCAAAUGAUCUUGUAAAUCGCUGUUAAUAUAUGUAUCUUUUUCCUUUAAAGCCCAACAAAUGUGAAUAUUCUUGUCGUAUCAGGUACUCACACUGGCAAAUUUUCAUCUCGAGAUCUGUGAUUUUAAUAACUUCCAGGGGCGAUCUUGUAUAGAUCGUCGUAAGCUUUUCGAUGUUUUCGAGGUCAAGCGGUUAAAAUAGUUUUACUGAUCCAUGAGGAUUUCCUAUUUUGAAGUGUUUCUCAUAUAAUUUUUUUUUAUUAUUGAACAGACAUUCAAUUCUUUUAAACUGGCUCGCUUGUAAUAUUUAGCUUAGUUGUCCGUGAAUAUUGCAUAAAUUUAAUCUCGCGUUGUAAUUUUCAUUUAAUUUAAUAUGCAGCAAUUACAAAACCAAUGUUGUUUUGCUUAGAAAAUGUUAAAUGAUUUAAAUACAGAAUCUCAGCCAUGCAUUUCUUACCCGCCUUUGCUAACGUCAUUACGCGUUUCCUGCGGUAUUUCUUAAAAUUUUUGCCCUGCUGAAUGCAUUAAUAAAAUGUUUACAAAAGUACCUGAAAGUUUACAGAUUAAAUACUGUAUUUUAUGAAUCCUUUUAGUAGUGAGCAGUUGGUUCUCGUUAUGUUUAAGUUUUCCAACCUAAUAACUAUUUAAUGAAUUUUGGGUUUUUUCUCUGAGCGAGCUAAUUACAGAACGAUUCAUUUGGGAUUCGAAAACAGCUAUCUUUUAGCACGAAUUUCACAUUUGCAAAAGUACUCAGUGAAUUGCAUUUUCAAGAUGAACUGAUCUUCGGCAAAGAUUUAAUCGUGAAGGCGUUUUACGCAUUACCUUUAUCACGCCGAUCUUUCGUAAUUAUGACAACAAAGCAGAUUUUAUUGGUCGAAGAGCUUUUCCAUACGAUGCACAUUAUUUAUUUAUGGAGACGCUCGCUUACUUUCAGUAUUGAAUUUUUUCCUAUGAAUUUUUUCCACUUUUGCAAAAUAAAAUAUGGAAAGAUCUUAUUGUUUCGUUUUGACAAGUCUUUAUAUAAAAAGUUAUUUUUACGAGCCUUCUAAAAUCUCAUGGGAUCGUGUUCCGCGAUCAAUGAUAAAAAACGAUGCCGAAAUAAAGCAAGAGUCAUGAAAUAUAUAGAUGUUGCUAUUUUUACUAAUUUUAAUCAGUGCAGCUUAACCUUAAAUGAUUUGUAAGCCUAUAGGGACGAUAGAGACGUUUCAAUUGUUGUUAUAUGUACUUCGUUUCGGUAGUUUACGGUGGAACUCAAAUGGGCUCAUGUGAAACCUUACUGAGUUGUGGACGAAAAAGAAAAAAAACAUAUAUAGAUAUAUAUAUAUAGAUAGACAGCAUAGUAAAAUUUACUUAAAAGUAUUUCCAGACAAGUGUGAGGGCGUUUUUGUUUAUUUAUCCAGAAGUAUCUAUGGACUGCAUCUCAUCGCACUGUGUUGAUAAUAAACGAAUGUAGCAAUUAUCGUUUUAAGGGUGAUUUUCUUGUUCCUUAUUAAUAUUUCAGGGAGGCUACACCGCAGAAUUAUCUUCGAUGCCUUAUCAAAAUACAAUGGCCAUUGUAAAUCUGCUCUCGUUGCGUUGGUUGGAAUUAUCGCCAUAGAUAUCGGGUCAUCGACCCUACGUUCAAAACGUCAAUCAAAUGCUAUUUACUAUCUUUCGAAUUUUCAAGAAUUAUUGGAAGACACUACUUGGCGUACAUUUUCUCCUCUUUACAGAAUCCAAUUUCGACCUUAAAAUGAAGAAAAUACAACCAAUCACAGUUCAAGCUAUCGAAAAUUGGUACGUCGCAUUUGAAGAACACCUUUCAAAAUAAAAGUAAUUUCUGACUGAUAACAUUAAAAAAUCUGUCAAAUCCGUUGCACUUUCGAGGUUUGCCGGUAAAAAAGAAUGUUCAGUUGUAACCAAAGUAACCUUGGAAUGAUCUUAUCUUAUCAAAGAAACCCUUUUUGUCGACUAAUGUGGCUUUUUACUUUUCGUUUUGUUUAUGCUAAAUUGAAUAAUGUUCCUGUAGUAUUACACUAUACGUUCUCCCCUCGACCGUUUUGUGUACGUCCUGGAAAAUAAAGAACUUGAGGAAAUUUAUCAUGAGGGAAUAUGCAAAAUGUGAAAAUUCGUUUCGAACGCGGUUAGCGUUCAGUGUGGCUUUAGAUUUACCUAUAUAGUUCGCUCUCCAUGAACGAGCAGGCCGUUUGUGGUUAAAAGUUAAUUGAAUCAAUAAUUUAUAAAGGUAUCUCUUUAAGCGAUCUUCAUAAAAACACUGGGGGACAAAUGUGGCUAAUACUCACAACGGGUGAUGUAAAAUAGCGCGUAUUGAAUGGCUAAAUCGGUAUCUCAUGAAUAGCUCCUAUUUGGGCACCAUUCAUAAUGAUCCUUCUUUCACCCUUUGUGGGAAUUUUUUUCUAUAUAUCACCCAUGAUUCUGUUUAAUUUUUGCGGUUGUGCAAACUGCUUCGAAUGAGAGUAUGAAAAGGACUAUUUGGUAGCAUGUUGAGUUUGAAAUUGAUCACAGCUCCUUGCAGACUGAGAGGUAAUUAUCGAUAUCAUGUCUUUUUUAUUAAAUAUAAAAUAACCAAUCACAAAUGUAUCAGUGUUAUGAGAAUUUCGGGCGUUUUCUCUCACGCCUCUUCCACAAGUAUCCGGAAAUUUUUUGACACGGAGAUUAUUUUUUUACAAGUAAAAAAACUAGACAGACGUGAACGGCGCCUUAAUGGUUUAAGGUUCUUCUCUGAUAAUAUGCUGUGUAUAGAUUUGCACUUUAGCGAGUCAUAUUUCGAAUGUUAAAAUUAUUGAUGAAAUAAGCCUCAAAGCAUCUCAGAUGUCUGAUGAGCAGAUAUACCUUUGGAGCACAAUGUACAUCCAAAUUUUGGGGAUAGUUGGCCAUGAAGAGGCGAUUUAAUUGAAAAGUUAUCACACAACUUACGAAAGGCGCAGGAAAAAUAUGAUAUUUCUUUGCCAUGCUUUGAAGUUUGGGCAAACUACUGUAUAAAGCCUCAUUGCUCUCGGGAAGUAAAAAUUGAGUAAACUUCUCUGCACUUUUUUCCUUUUGAAGACACCAUCACCAGAGGAACUUGAGAAAUUCAAGGAGUAUGUGCUAGAAAAGUAUGAUGACAACUGUGACGGCAAAAUAAGUAUGGAUGAGGUAAGCACCAGAAGUGUACCAUUAAUUAACUUUGUGGCUUCACAAGGAUACAUUUGAUGUAACUGUUAUUUCAUUUUGUGCGCUUCAGGUGAAAACCAUCAAAACUUGACUCUUAACGAGGUUCUUCUUCAUGUAUCAACCUUCUCUAAAUGACUCCUGACUGCUACUCUUUUAUCGUUGAUGUCUUCCAAUUCAUGCUUAAUGAUCCUUGUUAACUGGUAGUUUGUUGGUGUCACCGAUGAAGCGAAAACCAACAGUAGUUUCCAUCACCUUUUGCAUUUUUAGCUCGAUUAUUUUUGACACCCUUUCAAAGGAUCAGAUAUUCGUGAGCAACACCUUAGCUCUUUCGACCCAAAUAAUGUACAAAGUAUUCUCGAUUUUGUUUUCACUAGAGCACUUACUUAUGUAGUCUUUUCCCUGAAUUUUAGCUCGAAAACAUUCUUCCUACAGAGGAAAACUACUUGAAGCAGUUUCGAGCAGAGUUCUCAAGUAAGACAAUGGACAGUGUCCAAUUCAUAAAGGUGAGAAAGGAAGUCAUGUAUCAACUUUUAUGUCCAUUACACAUGUAGGUGUUGUUUGUCAUGGAAUGUCAACAUUAUCCGAAUUUGAUAAAGCAGUGGUGAUAGUUUUAAGCCCAUGCAUUGCUUCCUGUCAUGGAGCAGAAUCCGUAAGCUCAUGGAAACAGGAAUGGGAUAAACUAACGCAGUGUCGGUACGACUACCAUGUCAUAACGUUUAUUUUUUUGUACCGCCAAAUAGUCUACCUCCGAAUUCUCUUGUUAGCAUCUACGAGUUUCAUCUGUAAUAAGUGAGUAUAGGUAUUAUAAAAUUCACGAGCUCCCCAACCAUUUUGGACCGUAGGACGUUUUGUUGUUGCAAGAUGGUCUUAUGCAAAACUAAAGAUCUAGUUUUUCUUCCAAGGAAACCUCCUCUGCUAGAGGAGGUUUUUGGAGUUGAAAAAAAUUAUGACUUUUCUUUUAAAAAUGGAAUGUUAGCAUCAAUUGCGGAAUGAAAAAAGGAAAGCUUAUUCUGGGAUCAAUGAAAGCAGUGGCCCUUGACUCUAUACGUUACAUAAGGAAAGCUUGGAAAUUAAAGGAAAUCGAGAAAAUUAAAAGAGAGUGAAUAGAGAUAACUGUUUUAAAUUUAUUUCCAGAUUUUUGCAAACGCGAUGCUCAUUUUCCUCUUCGAGAGAAAAACCCACUUUCACUCAAAACUCUCAUCUUUGUAACAGCAACUUUUCCCAAGGGAGAUACUUGCUGGUUAUUAUGAGAUAAAUUAUUUUAUAUUUCAUUGAUCGAUUAAUUAAUUAGUUGAAUAUUUGUUUUGUUGUUUUUCUUUUCCCUUUUUUUUACCUUGCAGAUCUGGAAUCACUAUGAUAGUGACAAGAGUGGGUACAUGGAGGGAGACGAAAUCGAGGCGUUUUUGAAAGAUUUGUUGAAAGCAGACGAUCAAACUGUGUCCCCGCAGCGAAUUUCGGACUACAAAAAUUUCAUAGUAAGAAUAAGCAAAAUUGUUUUUUUAACUUUUCUUUUCAUGUAUGCAAUACAAGCGUUCUAGCCGUCAUAAAAUGACUUUUGGUAUUGAUAUUUUGUUCUCCAUGAUCGAAGUUACUACACAACAAAUAUUGCUUCCAAUACUGACCAUUGAACCAAUGAAUUUUGAAAUAUCAUGCCUACCAAAUCCCCGCCCUUGAGUCCUUGUUUUUUGAAUCACGAAGAGUUGUUGUUCUCUAGUACAUAGGAAAGUGACAUUUAAAUUUGGUUCAAAACUUCUUCUUUUGACUCUUCAAUGCAUACAGAUUACAUUUUUCAGAAUUUUUUAAUUUUUAGAUGGAUCACUACGACGAAAACAACGACGGAAAAAUUGGAUUAAAAGAACUUGCUAUGUAAGGCUUCAUUAGUUUAGUAUGAUAUUUCAUUUGUUGUAACACCAAAACAACAUGACUAGCAAAUGAUUUUACUGUCAUUUAAUCAAUUGUGUUUAAAAAAAAAAGACCUCGUAUUUUCACAAAUAGGUAACAAAAAUCAACGUUUUGGAGAAGGCAUUAUCAAGGAAAAUACACUGUUUACUGUUCUACAUUUUGGACUCUAUGAUAAUUUAUCUUGACCUGCCACGUAUUCUAAAACUUACCUCGAAUUAUUGAAAACUGCUAACGAUUUAUGUAGCAUGAAGUUGGAAUUAGCGAGAGUUAAAUGGUAGUAUGUAUGAGGCACAGCUGAGGAAGUCAAUUCUGGUCCCCAUUGGCGCAAGAUACGAGUAAGUGAGAGCUCUCCAACUGCGUAGUCCAUUGGAGUUCGCUUCGAGAGCCUUUUAUCUAAAGCUUAUUUUCAAUCAUCUUUUAUGGUGUAGGAUCCUGCCUCCUGAGGAGAACUUCUUUGCCAGGUUUCAGGUACAAUAUAUCCGCCUCAUUAUGCACUAGUUUGUUUCGUUUUUCUUUCUCCCCGUUUGUCUAUUGUUGUUUUGCUCUAACUUGCCGAUUGCUUCGUACCACAAUUUUGUCAAUAAAUUGCAAAUAGCUUUUCGAGAUUCAUCGUUUGCUAGUUUAAAGGAAAAAUGUGCCAUAUCGUUUUCCGACAAUUUCUUCUCCAAGCAACCAUUAAUAGAAGAAUUGAUCUUUAAGAAUAGCGAAACUAUUUCGAGCUGCCUUCAAUCAAGCUACUGAUAAUAACCACACUCAUACUACAACUAUCUUUAGGGAAAGAAAUGUUUAUCAAAGGCGGACUUCGACGCAGUGUUCGACCAUUAUGAUACGGUAGGGUGUUAAAGAAGUUGAUUGCGUCUAAGAGUGCGUUAUCUUGUCAUUGACGGUGAAUUGCGGUGUUGACAAGUCACAUUCGUUAUUAGGCUAACGUUUUGUAUGUUCCAAAUUGCGUGAGGUAAAGCUGGAAAACAGAAAAUAGAAAAGAAAUUGCUGAAGGAUUUAAUGAAAAAUUCAUAGUAGCCUUGCUUUAGCUGGACACAUCGUGUUUCGAACACUUCUGCUCUUGUAUAAUAUUCAGACUUUUAGCAAAAUUGUCUUCGCAUCUUAUUUACGUCAAGAAGGAAAUUAAGUUUUUGUCUUUAUUUUGGUUGACGUUUUUUUUCCACGUAGGAUAACAACGGUGAGAUUGAAGGCUCUGAACUGUUGGUUCUUCUGCGUGACGUUAUGAAACGGAUGGGACUGGUAAGAGGAACCUCAAAUCUUCGAAAGGAGUCUUUCAUGUUACUUACUCUGCGCGUGAUUAAAUUUCGCUCGCCGUUACAUCGUGUUGUAUUUCACUAAAUUUAAUUUUUUGAAUUGUUUUCAGGAACCUGACGAUGGUUUAGAGCUGGAAAAAAUGAAGGACGUCGUACUUGAAGUCAGCGAUAAAGACAAUGAUGGAAAACUUUCCAAAAGCGAGCUGUCACUGCUAUUGUCUGACAUGAAUGAGUAAACAUGUCUGACACGGAUGAGAACCUUACAAGAUAAUGAAACUUUUGAAUUGAUAUUUAUUGGACGCAUGUGGUAUAACGACUUAGCAAAGCAAAUCAUGAAAUAAGCCUUCUUUGAUAAAAAAUGAGUGGCUUGGAUCUUUCCCCUGACAAAUUUACCAUCUGUCUACUCUUCAGCCUUACCAGCAUAAGGUAGUUAACUUUUAUGCUACCCCUUUUCUAUGUUAGUCCUCUUGCAAGAAUUUUUUUGUUGGGAACACUGGGAAUUUCCCUUUACUUCUAAAUCUCUUUGUUGAAGAUUAAGACUAUUUGAUUCUUGAAAACUUUCCUCUGAGUUUUCUCCUGUGGCACAAACCGAGGCAGAUCAGGGCAAUAUAAGUUUAAAAAAAAAAUUCUGUCUAAUUGCCCCAAGUUUAGUAAAUAGAAUUUAAAUUGUCAAUUUUAGCCUUUUUGUAUGUUGAAUUUGAAGCAUUUUAGGAGUUUUUCUAUUUACCGAGAAAUCCUUUCAUUUGAAAAAUCUUCCGUGUCGUGAAAAAUUUAGC